AUGCAGGUGAAAGUUCUGAGACACCUCAAGUCGAUGGUUGUCCUGGUCAGCAAGGAAGAGGAAGAGAUCUUGCUGGAGGGUUUGAUUGAAUUGUUCCGAAUAAUGUCUGGAACCAGUCGUCGUCUCGGUGCUCGUCUUCUUGGUGGAGAGGAAGCAGAAGUACAGAAAGAACGUGCUGCUUCUAAAGAGUACGACAGCGAAGAGAAGGAGGCCUGUCACUAUCGCGGUACCCAGCGAGAUUCACGCGGAUGUGUCUCUUUGCGCCUGAUAGUUGCAUUUCUUGAUCCAGCAAGACCAAUCACACCUUCAUUCUGA